AACAUCAGGCUGUGAAGCGAGCAAAGGAAUAUGGCUUCCACAAUUUCGCCACCUGUACUCCAAUCCCUCUCAGUCCGCUGUGCGCACAAUGCGCACCCUGGACGGUACGUCAAGCCGCAGUUUAGUAAACCUGCGCUGACGGUUUCUCUCCCGAAUCGGAGACAGCUUCUGUUCUUUCUGACGGCAACGACGGCAUUGACGGUUAGAGACCCGGCGUCGAAUGCGGAGGAUAUUCCGUUAUUCGGUUUAAGGAAGAAGUUGAAGAGCGCGGAGGAGGAAGCGGUGCAGAUAGUGAAGGAAGGGUUCGAGACGGCGGAGAAAGGGCUGGAGACGGCGGAGAAAGGAAUCAUUACGGUGGAGAAAGGAUUGAAGACCGCGGAGAAGAAGAUCGAAACAGCAGAAAAGGAGAUCGAGAGUGCCGUUAGUUUUGGCGCGUUGGCUCAGGCGGGUGCCGUGGCGGGAGCCGAGUUUCUCGGCGUUGUGGUGGCUACUUCUAUUGUGAAUGGAAUUUUAGGGCCCGAGGCCCAAAAAUCUUGAUUGUCCUUUUGUAUCUUAAAUUUGGUCAUUUAUGUUGUUAAUUAAAGUUGUUACCACUAUUUUAUUCUUGUUUUAA